AUGGCUCAGCUUGCUAAGACCGUUACUGCGCUCUCGAAGAGAAUUGUUACUCCAGCGACCUUUGCUCGUCGUACUUUGGCCACCGAAGCUUCUCCAGAAGACUACGGAUAUUAUCCAGAUCCACUUGAACACGCGACUGGACGUGAAAAGAAGAUGCUUCUUGCUCGUCUGGCUGGAGACGAUCGUUAUGAGCCAAAGGUCUACUAUCGCGCGGAAGCUUCGACCAAGGAAAAGCCAAAUCUUGUUCCAGCCCACUUCGACCAUAGAAUCAUUGGAUGCAUGUGCGAGCAAGAUUCGGGUCAUGUCAACUUUAUGACUAUUCGCAAGGGAACUCCAAAGAGAUGCGAGUGCGGACACUGGUUCAAAGCCGUCGAUGCUGACCCAGAAUCCAUCUAA